AUGAAUUUUUUUGUUUCUAUAAAAAAAUCUUUGAUGCGUAGUAAAUAUCACUUAAAAAGCAAUAGUGUAGAGAGCAUAAUAUGGCUCGUGAAUUUAGUCCCAUCUCGGGUGGGAUUUUCAAUUUUGAAAGAUACCAUUUCUGCACCUUUCUGGAUUUUACAUCUCUCUUUGCUUGUAUACGUGUAUGGUGUCGGCAAUAUCGUGUACCAGGUCAAAUUCGCUCAGGGAGCUGGUGAUUUCAUAAAAAGUUAUGUCAAUAUUUCCUUAUUGAUCUUAACGUCUAACAAUAGCUAUUGGUUUUUGAUGAAAAGACCACUUCUGAGAGCUGUGCUAGAACAAGUGAGCCAAAAUGAUCGCUUAUCGUUGCAAAGUGACUUUUUAAAGGAUAAGCACGAAAAGCUAUUGGCUAUCGUUAAGAGAAUUGUGCUCAUUUUCUAUGGAUUCAACUACUUUAAUGCAGCUUUUAUUUAUCUACCACACCGAGUUGAUGUAUCAAAUGAUUAUUAUUCUAUGACACCUUGCGUAGGUAUAGAACCUCUAAACGUAACGCCAAAUCGGGAAAUUUGUCAUACGAUAUUAUUUGCACAAGAGCUGACUAUAAUGACGGUAGUUCUCAACUAUCAAGCUCUUCUGCUGUUUCUAAUAGAUCACACUUCAGCCAUGUACCAAAUGCUUUCAGCUGAAAUGUUGGCUUUCAAUGAUUACAAGGAUUGUCCCGAAAGAAAUGCCAAAGUAAAAGAGCGUUUACCGUUUCUUAUUGAACGUCAUGCCUUGAUUUUGGAUGUCAUAAAAAAUCUUAAAGCGUUGUACAGCAUGCCGAUUGGAGUUAAUUUUGGGUCGAACGCUGUUUGCAUCAGUCUGUUUUUCUAUCUGCCAUUGCAAGAAUGGGUGAUGUUCACGCCUAUUCUUGUCUAUUGCUUCCUUGUUUUCUUUUUAUACUGUUAUCUUUGUCAAAGAUUGAUAAACGCUUCAGAAGUUUUUGAGAAUGCAAUUUACAGUUGCGGAUGGGAGAAGUUUGAUUUGAAGGAAAAGAAAACAGUCUAUGUCAUGCUUUUGCUGGCCCAAAAACCUGUAACACUUUUAGCUGCUGAUAUCAUACCCGUAAAUAUAUAUACGUUUGCCACUACAUUGCAAGCGAUGUUUAAGUUUAUAACCGUAGUCAAAUUUUAAGAUGUAGCAAAUAGCAAUAUCUUUAUUAAAGGAUCUUAGUUAUUUCGUUAU